ACGGCGCAUGCGCACUCACACUUUGUGCCAUAUUGGAAUGAGGUCGUGAACGACUAGGCGGAAAAAGACACGGCAUCUAAAACCGACUUGAAAAACUCCUCACUGAAACGGUUUGAUUGUCCUCCGGGGGCUUCAGACAUGAGCCUUGAGGCGCUGGAGUCUGAUGCAGACUCUGGUCAGCAUGUGUCAGAGUUUAACUGGGAUGACUACCUGGAGGAAACCGGGGCACUUUCUGUUCCUCAUCAUGGGUUUAAACACGUGGACCAGGGCCUGGAGACCGGUCUGACUCCUGGUAUGAAGCUGGAGGUGUGUGUGCGUACUGAAAUAGAAACGGCAUACUGGGUGGCCACAAUAAUCACCACCUGCGGACAGCUGCUGUUGCUACGAUAUGAGGGUUACCAAGAUGACCGGCGUGCUGACUUUUGGUGUGACAUCAUGACCGCUGACCUGCACCCGAUCGGAUGGAGCAAGCAGCAGGGUCGACCGAUGAGACCUCCAGAGGGUGUCCGUGAGAAGCACCAGGACUGGGAAGCGCUGCUGGAGAAAGCUCUGGCUGAAUCCUGCAGUGUACCUGCUAGUCUCCUGGAAGGGGCUCAGCGUGGCUGUAAUCCUAUAGAUCUGUUAAGUCCGGGUCUAAACGUUGAGCUAGUGGACUGUCAAGAUGCUGGGGUGGUCUGGUCUGCAGUGAUUGAGGAGAACGUAGGGGGUCGCUUGCGUCUUCGAUAUGCCGGCACUGACGGGCUCCCUGACACCCAAUCUAUCACGUGGGUCUUCUACCUGGACCCCCUGCUUCAUUUGCCAGGCUGGGCACAGGAGCACAGCUGCACCCUUAGACCACCAGCAGCUCUGCUUGCCCUGCGCACUGAAGCUGAAUGGAAGGAGGUUAAGAAGACCGUCUCCUCACAGGUUCAGGACUCCAGCAUCAACGAGGAGUUUUACAGGGACAGAUCAGCCAUCAAUCCACACUCCUUUACUGAAGGGAUGAAGCUGGAAGCUGUGGACCCAGCAGCUCCCUUCACCAUCAGUCCAGCCACUGUGAUGAAGGUGUUUAAUGACCAUUUUUUUCUGGUGCAAAUGGACGAUAUGAGAGAUGAGGCACAGAAAGAGGGAGGCGGACGCUCUUUCCUAUGUCACAGAGACGGUCCAGGAAUCUUUCUUACACAGUGGAGUCUGAAGAAUGGAGUCAAGCUCAGCCCUCCUCUAGGGUUCCAAGGUCAGGACUUUGACUGGGCAGACUAUCUAAAGCAGUGUGAAGCUGAAGCAGCCCCUCAGCAAUGUUUUCCUCCUGACCCUUCUGAUCAGUGCAUUAAAGAGUCCAUGAUGCUGGAGGCUGUUAACCCACUCUGCCCUGAAAACAUUCAUGUAGCAACUGUUACCAAGGUCAAAGGUCAACACAUGUGGAUUCGUUUGGAAGGUCUGAAGCAAGCCAUCCCAGAGAUCAUAGUUCACACAGACUCCAUGGAUAUUUUUCCAGUGAGCUGGUGUGAGACCAAUGGCUAUUCUCUUCUGCACCCCUGCAAGCCCAAAGUGGAGAAACAGAGAAAGGUUGCAGUUGUUCAGCCAGAGAAACACCGGGUACCAUCCAAAGACUCCUCACCUGAUACUACCAAACAACAGAUUAACAGCAGUCAGACUGAGAUGGGCCAGGCGAAUGGGAAGUACUGUUGCCCCAAGAUCUAUUUUAACCAUCGCUGCUUUUCAGGGCCCUACCUCAAUAAGGGCCGUAUUGCAGAGCUGCCGCAGUGUGUGGGACCUGGGAACUGUGUCCUGGUGCUGAAGGAGGUGCUGACACUGCUGAUAAAUUCUGCCUAUAAGCCCAGUCGAGUGCUGAGAGAGCUGCAGCUGGACCAGGAGGGCCGCUGGCAGGGUCAUGGAGAGACACUUAAAGCCAAGUACAAAGGGAAGAGUUACAGAGCGACAGUAGCGAUUGUUCGCACUGCAGACCAGGUGGCUGAUUUCUGUCGGAAAACCUGCAUUAAGCUGGAGUGCUGUCCCAACCUGUUCGGCCCACGAAUGGUGCUGGAGCGCUGCUCAGAGAACUGCUCUGUGCUCACCAAAACCAAAUACACAUAUUACUAUGGGAAGAAAAAGAGCAGGCGUGUGGGCCGACCUCCCGGCGGACACUCCAACUUAGAGGGAGGUGUGAAGAGACGAGGCAGGAGGAGGAAGAGGAGGAAGCAGCUCUUCGUCCACAAAAAGAGACGUUCUUCUGCUUCAGUUGACAACACUCCGGCAGGUUCCCCUCAGGGCAGUGGUGAUGAAGAAGAUCUGGAUGAGGAUGACUCUCUAAGUGAAGACACGGGCUCUGAACUGCAAGACGAGCUGAUGGAUGACUCUGAAUAUUCAGAGAAGAAGUCACAGCCCCCCACCCCCUCCCCUUCCCCUCCAGAAACCCCCCGUCCCACACGCAGACGGCGCAAAGCUCGCUCACCAUCCUGCUCGGAUGAUGAGAACAGACCUCCUUCACCCAAGAGUCCACGUACUGAAGUUCCUCCGAAGCUGUGUUUGGACAGCAGUCCACUAGAAUGGAGUGUCACAGAUGUUGUUCGUUUCAUCAGGACCACCGAUUGUGCUCCACUGGCACGCAUCUUUAUGGAUCAAGUAAUGAACACGCACCUCUAAUAUAUCCACAGCUCCAGUACAUUAAAGGGGUCAUAUGAUGC